AUGAAAUCAUAUUAUGAUUACUCUAAUGUUUUAUUCGAAUGCAUCAUGGUUCGCAAACAUUUCAUUAGUGAUGUGAAGUAUUAUUGCUAUGUUCUAAGCGAUCACCUGCUUAUGAGUAGGGUAAGAUAUACAAUUUAUUUAAGAAAGCGAAGGAUCCCGCUCCAAAAUAUGUUUUACCAUUAUAAUUGACAAAUCAAGUCGGAUGGGUUGUGGAGCGAAAAGAUAAGAAAAUUCAGUUUAAGGCUUUCACUAUCAAGUACAUGGAGAAAUACAAAGACUUUGUGGGAAGCAGCAAUGACUUGUAGAAGUAAUAAAAAUAAAAUUAAGUAGACUGAAGGAACAUCUCAGAAAUAAGGUUACAUUCUACAAAAUUGCUGAUUUCUACGAAGCAUAGUAUAAUUUAGGAAAGGGGAGUUCAGCAAAGGUUAUCCAAAUAAAAGAGUUAGGAAAUGAAUAAUCAAAAUUGGCAGCAAAAGCGAUAGAUAAAAGUUACCUAUAAAAGAGUGAGUCUGGCAUGCAGGCCUUUUUAAAUGAAGUCAACAUCUUGAGCCACCUUAGUAAGUAAAAUUAUUGUGCUCCCUUCAUCAAAUUGCACGAAACAUAUGAAGGAGAUCACACAUUCUAUCUCAUUUUGGAUCUGAUGCAGGGCAGAACUCUUGCGGAUGAAUUGGAUAUCUUAAAGGUAAAAGAAUAACAAACUAUUAGCAAAGAAAGGAGAUGUUUCCUAUGAAAUUAGUCAAAGUUAUUAUGAAACAAUUGCUAUAAGGCGUUAAGAUACUUCACAAUAAUAAUAUAAUUCACAGAGAUUUGAAGCCAGAUAACAUAAUGUUUCGAGAAAUAGAUUCCUAUGAAACUCUCACCAUUGUAGAUUUCGGAUUGUCGACCUUCACUGAUGUUACUAGAUAUUAAUUUCCAAAAUGUGGUACUCCUGGAUAUGUGGCACCUGAGAUUUUGAAUUUGGUUGAUAGAGAUUCGAAAUAUGAUAAAGUUUGUGAUAUCUUUAGUUGCGGUUGUAUCUUUUAUAAGUUACUCUUUGGCCAUAGUUUGUUUAUGGGUAACACUUUCAAUGAAGUAUUGGGACAAAACAAGAAGUGUAAUUACACUCUUGAUGGACCUGAAAUGACUUCUAUUCCUUAUGAAGCCUAAGAACUACUCAAAAGGAUGCUUGCAAAGAACCCCUCUGAAAGAAUAACAGCUCAUUAGGCUUUGGAAUCUGACUAUUUUAACAAACCUUCAUCUCCUCUGCAAUCAAAGAGUAUAUUACUGUAUAAAAUUAGAACUGAAAGCAUUUAAUGUACCUAAUAUCAGUAGUAGGAAUAUUUUCCAACCUACAUUAGAUGGAUUAUAAUCUGAAGCUGAAUCUCCCUUUUAGAGAAUAAGUUAGAAAUGUAAAAAUUAAUUCGAUUUUGAUGUUGACAUUUAAGAAAAUAAAUGUUCAUCCAUUUAAAUUAGAUAACUACCAUCUGUGAAAAAGCCUACUUGUGUAAGAUUGGAGGAUUCGACAAUUGGUAGUUUCUAUGCAAAAGAUCCCUUAAGUAGUUUCAAGAAACUCAAAGGAAGUAUGUAUAUAUGUCUAUCCUAAGCAUCUCAAAAACAAUUGAAUGAGACUAAAGAAAUCAAGGUUAAUCAAUUCGAUGUUGAUUAAAUGCAAAGAAUCUCAUUAUUUAACAGAAAUGAAGAUUAUUGA